UGUUCAAUUUGUUGCCUAUAGUAACUGUUCUUAUUUUAUAUAAAGUCGCCAAAAAUACGAAUCCAUCCUAACAAAUCAAUGUUUGAACUAUUGUACAUUCGAAUAAUGAUGGUUGUUCAAUAGGAAGAAAAAAAUACUUUUUAUGUAUAAAUUUAAUGAGGUCAAGUACUUUGCAAUGACUCUGGAGAAACAAGAUGCAUUUUUACUAUUGACAAAAGUUAAUUAAAAAAGAAUAUGAAUGAAGUCCAAUUAUUUUAUAUUUGAGAUUAUAUUUGUGUUAAUUUCGUCGAUUAUACCAUGGCCAGGACCUACUGUUUUCAAAAUUUCGUGUCCCCGACAAGACGCGAAUAUUGUUAGGAAAAUAAUUCAAAGUAAAUGGGUUCCUGUCUUGGAGAAGUAUAAGGUAAAGAUACCAUUAGAAUGUCCAUUUCAUCCAUCUAGGGAUAUUUUCGGUCCACAAGAGGCAGCAAAACAUCAACAUAGGCCUUCUCAGUGGACUUGUGGGCUAUGUGGUAAAUCGUUUUAUGAAGAGCGCUUUUUAGACAUGCAUUUCGACAAUCGUCAUAAAAGUCAUAUUAAUAUGGCAGAAGAUGCCGUGUGCCUUGCUGAUUUUUGUGACAUUAUCCGCUGCGACGUAUUGCGCUCGCAAGAUAUUAAAAUGGGGUAUUCCGAGCCUAUUAACACAGACAUUGAAUUAUGGCGGGAAAGUACAGCCUACAAGACCGAAUUGGCUCCUACAGGACAACGGGAUCUUGCAAAAUAUGUCACAAUAAAGACAUUACCAGCAUCAAAAUCUUCAAAACGAAAAAAUUUAAAACACUCCCUUUGUCAAAGCAAAGAAGGUACUCAAGAAUAUCCAGACGAUAAUUCUGGAAGAGGUAAAGAAAAAUCUCAAAACAAUAGUGCAAACAAUGAUGUAUGUCCAAGCGACUUAGUUGAUUCCGCUCUACCAGCAACUGAAAACAAACAACAACGAAUCGCAGAAUUGCAAAAGCUCAAAGCACAUUGUAAACCAGAAGAAUUACAAAAAUUGAAAAACAAAUGCGAAAUAUUCGUCCGAGACUGUAUUGCCAGUUUACUUAUUCAUCUGUCAGUGAAAGAUUUUAGAGAAGUAGAAGAUGAAUUAAAUAGAGCAAUUUGUUGGUAUUUAACUUGCGACAGAUAUUGGGAAGAUUCUCAAUCGGAUAUUAAACAGUUUCCAUGGGGUUUAUGGUUUGUAAUAUUUAUGGUAUUAUCCUUAGGAAUUUCUCUGUGUUACUACAUUGUAUGGGUUUUGUUUGAUACUGAUGACUUAAGUGUCACCAGUGCAAGCAUAACCGACAGAUCGACUCCGUCGCCGACUCAUCUUUUUAAACAGGAACCUUCGAUGUCUUCGGAUGGAAGCCAUAUAUAUACCGAAGAUUAUUUCACAGCUGAUAAGGAUAAUGAAUACAUUUAUGUAACAUAUCCACCUGACUUGAAAAGACGGCUAAUGGAAAGUUGUUACAAUCGUACGACCCGCUUGUGAAUUUAGACCAAAAAUUUUUAGAAGAGAUUUAUUAGCAAGUUAAAAUAUGGUCUCUAUAAGGAAAUAAAAUUUCCACCUAUGCCAUUUUAUUGUUGUAAACCGUUCUCACUAGAGUAGCAGUUGUAGUAUGACAGUAUAGACCAAGUAUUAAUGUUGCUUGUAUUUUGGAUAAUCUAUUAUUUUCCUUUCUAGCUUUUAGAUAGAGAAAUUGUUUUGUUCAAGUUUGGAGCUAUUUUACUAUUUUAACAGAUGCUAAUAAAUUUUGUAAGAUGAA